GAAAUCUACGACCUCCUGAUUCCUUAUCCUGGGAAGACUUCCGUCGACGUCACGCCGAACAUGAAGACCAAGGGCUACACUCCCAGGCGGAUGUUCGAGCUCUCCGAGGAGUUCUUCGUGUCGCUGAACCUGACCCGGAUGCCGCCCGAGUUCUGGGAGCACUCCAUCAUCGAGAAGCCGAAGGGGCGGGAGCUGAUCUGCCACGCGUCUGCCUGGGACUUCUGCAACGGCAAAGACUUCAGGAUCAAGCAGUGCACUGAUGUGACCAUGACAGACUUGAUCACGGUACACCAUGAGAUGGGUCACAUUCAAUACUACUUGCAAUACAAGCACCAACCCAAUGUGUUCCGCGCUGGAGCUAACCCAGGUUUCCAUGAGGCUGUAGGAGAUGUGUUGGCUCUCAGUGUGGCCACGCCAAAACAUCUUCAGAAGAUUGGCCUUCUGGACAAUGUUGAAGAGGACAAUGAAGCCGACAUCAAUUACCUCAUGAGCAUAGCCUUGGAUAAAAUCACCUUCCUACCCUUUGGUUAUCUGAUGGACCUGUGGCGCUGGGGAGUGUUCAGCGGGAAAACCAAAGAGGAGAACUGGAACUGCGCCUGGUGGGACUUGAGAUAUAAUCUGCAGGGCAUAAAGCCUCCUGUGAGACGAUCAGAGUAUGAUUUUGAUCCUGGGGCCAAGUAUCAUAUCCCAGCCAACGUUCCCUACGUCAGGUACUUCGUGAGCUUCGUGAUUCAAUUUCAGUUCCACAAAGCGCUCUGUAUGAAAGCAGGGCAAUAUGACCCUCUAGACCCCUCAAAGCCGCUCCACAAGUGUGACAUCUAUCAGUCCACGGAAGCAGGAAAUGCACUUGGGGACAUGCUGCAGAUGGGCUCAUCGAAGCCGUGGCCAGAUGCUCUCGAGGCGCUAACGGGCACCAGGAAGAUGGACGCCUCCAUUAUCAGGGAAUAUUUCAAACCCCUGGAGGUCUGGCUCACGGAGAACAACGAGAGACACCAGGAGUUUGUGGGCUGGGAAGGUGAGAAUGACUUCUGUUCCUCGGACUCCCCCGCGCGCCACGAGCCAGUGGGCGAACCCUCCUCGGGGGCAGCGGUCUCCCCCGGCCUGCUCGUGGUGGUUCUCAUGGCGUUCCUGCUUCAGCAAACUCACCAAUAAUUCUAGUGUUUAGCAUAGAAAUGUUUUUUUUUUUUUUUUCCUACGAAAAUAUUAGAGAUUUCUAUACUAAAUGGGUGAGAUCAUGUGAAGUGAUUUGUUGAUUAGUGUAAAAGGUCUUUUAUUGGAGAAACAACUUUAUGGUUAAACUGUUUCCCUUUUUAUUUUCAAUGAAUGUUAUAUUGUGGAAGGAUGGAAGGAUCAUUUUUUUUUUUUGUAAAGGAAUGCGCCUUACACGUGUGUUUGAUACUGUAUACAUAAUUACUGAAGUGAAGGGAUUGUGUACACACUAUAUUUUAAAUAAAGAAAGGUUACAAUAAAAAAAAA